UAGAAGAAGAGAGCGCCUGGGCCCCGCCCUUUGACUCACCUCGUUAAGAUGUAUUUUUUGUGUUUCUGGUUUGUUUAUAAUGCGGAUCUGGCUCCGGGAAUCUUGACAGUUGAUCUUAUGUUGUUGUAAAUAUACGCUUUUUGGUUUCUGCUUUCAUAGAAUAUACUGUGCUAUGAACGAGACAUUUUUAUAAGAGGGUAGAAAGCUAGUUAGCAGUAGGCGUUGGUCAGCCGUACGACCAGAUUACAUUUGUUAGCCUAGCAUUUUGCUAAUAUACUGUAACGUUAACGUUACAGUUAUGGCGUGACGUUGGACAUGAAAGUGGUUGACGACGCCUGGGCCAAGCCUUUUAAAUUAUAACCUAAACAAAGAAGGCAGUGUAUAUGUGUGCAUGUGUGUAACACUUCCAUUCGCAGGUUAGGCUUUCAAACAGCUGCCUGGCGACUAAGUUGGACUAGCAAGUGCGCUAAAUUCAUGUUAGCAUGGCGUCAGAUACAAGUGACACCGAGGAAUUCUAUGAUGCUCCCGAGGACGUUAAUUUCACUCCAUCUCCCAAAGUGUCACCUGCAAAGUUUGUCAUUCCUUCACCUCAGCUUUCACAGAGAUCAGAAAAUGCUGCACAAGAUGUGAGCUGCCGAGUGGCCACAUCUGAGACUCAGCAAGAUGAUUCCCUACUGAUCAUUGAUAGCAUCAUUGAGGAGAGUCAAAAGGGAAGUGGUGGCGAUGUUGGUGAGGUGGCUCAGCUGUUAGAUCAACUACAUGUUGAUGUAAGAGCAGAGCCGGAACCAGUGGAAGAGAAUAAUGCUCAGGAAGUUCCUGUGGAGCUAGCAGCGCCAGCUGUCGAACCUCAGCUUGUCGAGAGGCCUGAGGAUCAACAGGAAAGUGCACCAACAAAUGGAGCAUGCUCAAUACCUGGCCCUGAACCCACAGAUCGCCCAGGGCCAUCAGUUGGGUCACAGGAAGGUGUUCAGCCCCCAGACAUCACAAGCACUGUAGGACUGGGUCAGCCUGAUGGGGCUGUUGUGGUUGCCGAAGGGGAGCAGGAGCAGAGACCUGCAGAUAUCUUAGACCAGGUCCCAUUCACAGACAUGCAGGCUGACUCGGACUCCUCUGGGCCUUCGAAACCCCCACGGCAAUUCACAGUGGAACCAGACAUUGUAGCAAGCACCAAGAAGCCUCCUCCCUCACGCCCACCCCCUCCCAGCGGAGGUCCUCCACCCAGACCGCCGCCACCGUCUUGGCAGAGUCUACCCUCCAAGAAGUCUCAGGAGCGUCUGAGGCCGAGUGGACUGGAAGUGUCUGCAGUCAGCGGUGAUGUCCUGGAGCCUUCCGGCCUGGUGUCUCCUAGCAGCACAGUGAGGAGUCUAACUAAAGAGCUGCAGCAUUCCUUGGAUCUGGCCAGCGCCACCAGUGGGGACAAAGUGGUCACAGCACAGGAAAAUGAGGAUGAACAGGCUUCAUCUCAGAGUGGAGGACAAACUCCAGGCCCUCAGCGUCCACGUUCCAACUCUGGUAGAGAACUGACAGAUGAGGAAAUCCUGGCCAGUGUGAUGAUCAAGAAUUUGGACACUGGGGAAGAGAUCCCUUUAAUCCAGGCGGAAGAGAAGCUUCCUGCGGGGAUUAACCCCCUUACUCUGCACAUCAUGAGGAGGACCAAGGAGUACAUUACGAAUGAUGCCGCACAGUCAGAUGACGAUGACAAGGCUCAGGCCCCACUGGCAGACACAGAUGGAGGAAAACUAAAACAGAAAACAACCCAGUUUAAAAAGUUCCUGGGCAAGUCUGUGAAGAAGGCCAAGCAUCUUGCUGAGGAAUAUGGAGAGAAGGCAGUCAACAAAGUGAAAAGUGUGCGUGAUGAAGUGUUCCAUACAGAUCAGGACGAUCCGUCAUCCAGUGACGAUGAGGGCAUGCCUUACACCAGGCCUGCCAAGUUCAAGGCAGCACACAGCUUCAAGGGUCCCUUUGACUUUGAUCAGAUUAAGGUUGUACAGGACCUGAGUGGGGAGCACAUGGGGGCCGUUUGGACGAUGAAGUUCUCUCACUGUGGGAGGCUGCUGGCAACAGCAGGCCAAGAUAAUGUGGUUCGCAUCUGGGUCUUAAAGAGUGCCUUUGACUACUUCAAUAACAUGAGAUUAAAGUACAACACUGAAGGUCGAGUUUCACCUUCUCCUUCUCAGGAAAGUUUAUGCUCCUCUAAAUCUGACGAUCCUGGAGCAAGUUGUGCUCCAGAGGACCCAGACACAGAAGAUAGGAAUGCCCCUUUCCGUCAGGUCCCCUUCUGCAAGUAUAAAGGCCAUACGGCUGAUCUAUUGGACUUGUCCUGGUCAAAGAACUUCUUCCUCCUCUCCUCUUCAAUGGAUAAAACCGUCAGAUUGUGGCACAUAUCCAGGAGAGAGUGUCUCUGCUGCUUUCAGCACAUUGAUUUUGUCACAGCCAUUGCUUUCCAUCCCAGAGAUGACAGAUACUUUUUAAGUGGCUCUCUGGAUGGAAAGCUACGGCUCUGGAACAUUCCUGACAAGAAGGUGGCGCUGUGGAAUGAGGUGGACGGCCAAACGCGCCUCAUCACGGCAGCCAACUUCUGCCAAAAUGGAAAGUAUGCCGUCAUCGGCACCUACGAUGGUCGAUGCAUCUUCUAUGACACAGAGCGUCUAAAAUACCACACUCAAAUUCAUGUGAGGUCAACCAGAGGCAGGAACAAAGUUGGCCGUAAAAUCACUGGUAUUGAACCUCUACCUGGAGAGAAUAAGAUUUUGGUGACCUCAAAUGAUUCCCGCAUUCGCCUUUAUGACCUGAGGGACUUGUCUUUAUCCAUGAAAUACAAAGGUUAUGUCAACAGCAGCAGCCAGAUCAAGGCAAGCUUCAGUCAUGACUACUCCUUCAUAGUUAGUGGCUCAGAGGAUAAGUACGUGUACAUCUGGAGCACUUACCACGACCUGAGCAAAUUCACAUCCGUACGACGGGACCGCAAUGACUUCUGGGAAGGAAUUAAAGCACACAAUGCAGUGGUCACCUCAGCAAUCUUUGCACCGCACCCGGGCCUUAUUGUUCCACAAGAGGCUGGAGCAGACAAACCAGAAGCAGAGUGCAAGAGCCUGGAUUCCACAGACUCUGAAACGAUACCCUCGGGAGCCCUAAAGACCGAUCACACAGAGGUUCUGCUCUCUGCCGACUUCACUGGAGCCAUCAAGGUUUUCAUCAAUGUAAAAAAGUACUGAGCACUUCAGAGGUUGCCAGCUCCCCACACUCAUGGCCUGUCAGUCGGAGAUCAGUCCUUAAGAUGAAGGACAGCCUGUCAGGGGCCAUCUGAUGUCACCUAAUGGCUAUUGCUCUGAGACAAAGAGCCGCCUGUAGCUUUUUCGGGAGAACACGGACCCCAAAAUGGAAGAUGAGAGAAUGGGCUGUACAAUACAGACAAGGUGUGAUUCUCUAUCACAUUUCUAUUUUUUAUCUUUAAUACCAAGCAACUGUGAAUGCUUUGGCAUUAAGAAAACAAACAAAAAAAACAGCCGGAAAUGCCAAGUGUGUGUGGUCUGUUCAGAUAUCGGUUAAUUUACAGCUGUAUGGUCAAGACUGAGUAUAGCUAGAAAGCUGUUUGUAACAGUAUGGGCACCUUACUAAUUUCUUUUGCUCCCACAUUUCAGAAAAUAUAAGUUAAGUGCAAGAUACUGUCCUAAUCUUAGUCACAGAAUUGAAUGUGUCUUAUGUAAAGCGAUGUAACCAUUUGUCUUGAAAGCAAGGUGGUUGGAAAUGAUUUGUGCCUAUGCAAUCUAGAUCGCUUUCUAAAUUCAACUUCUCAAGCUUUCCUCUGAAAUAUAUCAACCAACAUUACAGUGGAUGACAGCAAAUCUACAGUACAGGAAAUCUGUAUACGGUUAUUAAUUAUUAGGGCUGGGUAUCUUACAUUUACAAAAGCUCUUAAUUACUUUUGAUAAAUUGUUUUGUUUAAUGAAAGCACAUUUCAUUAUAAAAUAGUACUGUAAAUUUAGUGUGUAACAUUGCAUACUUGCUGCUUUUGUAAACAGAACCAAAUGAUGCUCUAUUAAUUUCCCUUAAUAAAAGUCCACACUAGACAAAUGCUUGUUGAUAACCCUUUUUAACCUUGGAAAAAGCCAAUGCCAAAAAUGUAGUAGAGUAACAGUAAAAAUGUAUUUGAUACCUGGCCCUACCAAUCAUGUCCUCCACACACACACACACACACACACACACACUCAUCUCCAACAGUGAUUUAUUCUGUGUCAGAACUUUGCAGCAACAUUCUGGUUAUCAUUUUAAAAACAAACAUUAAAACAAAAAUAUAUAUAAUUAGUUACAGUGUUCAAACUUCAUCAUACAAAAGAGUGCUGAAUCUUGCAUGGAUAGUGUAAGUUGGGACCAAGACAACAGACUGGUCAGUCUGUUUUUAAAGAGCACUGCAUUGUUUAAGCCACGGAUACCAGCAGUUAUGUAGUAAUGGAUGACAAGGUCCGGAGUUGAGAGUCAGUGUUUGCUCUUUUUUGCCUUCUUGUGGGAGCGAUGCGGCGACCGUGACCUGGACUUCCCUGCCUUCCGGUCUGGAGACGGUGAUCGGGAACGCUUCGACCAUUUGGGAGACCUUGUCCUGUUAAAAGGGUUGAACAUAUAACAGAUUGACUUCGAGAAUAACAAUCGCGAUGAAUACGUUGGCAACAAAAACAUCUCAUGGCACUUGCUUUAAAGGAGAGAUGCUCCUCGAUUUUCGGGUCUGGUCAUCGGGAUCUCUACUCCAUCCUCGUCUUCUGACCCCGUCUUCACUUCUUUUGCUCCUAUCUUUGUCCCUUCGGUCAUCUUUUGACUUGUCUUUAGACUUUGAUGUCCAUCUCUCAUUCUUUUCUUCAUCUUUUUUAAACUCCUAUAGUAGACAGGGUAAAACAUCCCAGUGAAGUCAGAUAUAGGCUUCUACGUCUUUGCCUGUUGAGACUAAAAAAAAAAACACGAUACGGAACCGGCUUGUAACCCCCUCGUUUGCACAUAAUAGCUUGUGGGUUCUUUACAAGGGGGAGCUGUUUGGUCAAUGUCAGGCCGGUUUGACACAUGCUUGACUAUUCCAACUUCAGUAAUUUCAGACCUGCAGAUGUAACGUUAUACCAGUACAUAUCAACAUCGACACCUAUGGGCAGAGAAAGUACGCUUUUUUUUUUUUUUUUUUUUUUUUAUAGAUGCUAUUUUCUCUGUGUGGACAAAAAUAUUACUGUGUCAAAAAAUGCACAUAAUACUUGGAGCAGUGUAAACUGUUCUUACUCAAGUAUUCAACAAAGAUGUGCUCCAAAAAACAAACUUUACAUGUUUAACUUGUAAAAAGAACACAACGACAUGCAAACCGCAACUGUAGCUGGACUUUCCUCCCCUGUAUAUGGUGCCGUUACACUCAAUCUGCAGAUCUGAAACUGCUAACGUUAUCCCCAUGGCUCUGCAGUUGCACAUAAGCUGUGUCUGGUUGUGAGUGCUUUGCAUAAGUAACACUGUUUUUUGUUUUUUUUACUGUGCCAAUUGACUAAUUUCAUAGUCUAAUUUUAAUGUACUAAUAGCAAGCACUUUUGUAAAUGUUGCCCCAUCCUGUUCUUGAUUAAAGAAAAAUUUCUAUUACA